AAACUAAAAAAGAAGGCGAUCUGAGGGAGAAAAAAAAAGGUCCUAUAAAUACACAAUCUCUUCAUAAAACGAGUAAAUAUAAUAAAUAGCUCUCUCUCACAUUUUCAAAAUUUCCUCAUUUCUGUGGUGAGGAAGGUGCGUAGAUCCCUUCAUUUGCUCUCUCUGGCUGUUCUCUCAGCAGGUGUGAAAAUAUGGGGCUGUCUUUCACUAAGUUGUUUAGCCGACUCUUUGCUAAGAAAGAGAUGCGUAUACUGAUGGUGGGUCUUGAUGCAGCUGGUAAGACCACCAUCCUCUACAAGCUCAAGCUUGGAGAGAUUGUCACCACUAUUCCCACCAUUGGAUUUAAUGUGGAGACUGUGGAGUACAAGAACAUUAGCUUCACCGUGUGGGAUGUUGGUGGCCAGGACAAGAUCCGACCUUUGUGGAGACAUUACUUUCAAAACACACAAGGACUCAUCUUUGUGGUUGACAGCAAUGACAGAGACCGUGUGGUUGAAGCUAGGGAUGAGCUGCACAGGAUGUUGAAUGAGGAUGAGUUGAGAGAUGCUGUGCUGCUUGUAUUUGCAAACAAGCAAGAUCUUCCAAAUGCAAUGAAUGCUGCAGAAAUAACUGAUAAGCUCGGCCUUCAUUCUCUCCGCCAGCGCCAUUGGUACAUCCAGAGCACAUGUGCCACUUCUGGUGAAGGGCUGUACGAGGGACUUGACUGGCUCUCAAACAAUAUUGCAAACAAGGCAUAGAUGGCAUAAUUGUGAGUUUUCACCUGCAACGGUGCUGGAAUAUACAGUUGAUGGUGCUCCUUUGUGUUCUGAAUUUUCUCUUUUUCUUUCCUUUUUUAAUUCACCUUUACGGUUGUACCUGUUUAACGGUUUUUGUCAUUUCUUUUGCAAACAUUGAAAUUUGUUUGGUGUAGCUUCAGAAUAACUCUUAAAUUCACUGUUCUUGACAUCUUAGUAAUCA